CGCGCUAAAAUGCAACGCACAGUUGUCUUUCAAUCGGCCUGGGAGCCAACAAGCAAAGGGCGCGCGCUCCCGCCUCGCCCCACCCUGCUCGUCGGCGAGGCGGGUGACGUGGACGCCUGCCGGCACAGCUGGCGGCAGCUGCAGCCGCGGGCGCAGGAGCUGCUGGUGCGGCUGCGGGCGGGCGGCGCGACGCCUGACGAGGUGGACAGCUGCGUGCGGCGCUUCCGCUCGCUGCGUGAGAGCCUGGUGGCGGCGUACGUGCGGGACGGCCUGGCGGUGCAGGUGUAUGAGGCGUCUGCGGACGUGUGCUGCGCCGCCGGGGUCUGGGCGGAGGCGUUGAAGUGCCUCAACGCGCUCACGUCAGAGCUCUACCCAGCCACCUGCCAGCAGCAGCAGCAGCAGCAGUUACCGCCGCCGCCACAGCAGCAGCAGCAGCAGCAGCAUGCGAGUGCAGGAGAGGCAGGAGUAGCAGGAGCGGGCGAGGCGGCUGCGGCAGCAGCAGCAGCAGUAGCAGCAGCCGACGGCAGCGGCUGUAGCACCAGCAGUAGCACCAGCAGCAGUAACACGGGCUGUAGUACGAGCGGGCGUGAGGGGGAGUUCUACGCGGCGCACGUGCUGUUCUUCGCCUGCGUGCCGGCGGCGGGGGCGGCGGCGGCGGGGGCGAGCGGCGGCGGGCGGCGGGGGGCGGCGGGCGGCGGCGAUACGCUGAGCCUGCUGCGCAGUCGCCAGUUGGCGCCGUACCUCGGAUCCGGACACGUGGGGUUUGCCGUACAGGUGCUAGCGGCGCUAUCACGCGGCGACUGGCUCGCGUUCCUCUCCCUCCGGCAAGACCUAGCAGCCGCCACCGCCACCGCCGCCGCCACCGCCGCAACCUCCGCCGCCAUUACAACUACCGCAACUGCCACGGCAGCUGCCAGCACGGCAAGUGCAACUGCCUCCGUUGCCGCCGCCGGCCCGCACGCACCGCGCCCUCCGAACGGACAGCCGCCGCCGCCGCCGCCGCCGCGCCCUCCGAACGGACAGCCUCCGCCGCCUCCGCCGCCGCCGCCGCCGCCGUCCGCGCUGCUGCUGUCCAUCCUUAAUGCAAAGGCGCCGCAGGCCCGCACCGCCGCCCUGCGUGUUGUGUCGGCGGCCUUCCGCUCCCUGCCCGCCGCCGCCCUGGCCUCAGCCCUGCGGCUGCCAGACAGCAGCAUCAGCCGCUGCAGCAGCGGUAGCAGCAACAGCUUCAGCAGUAGCAGUAGCAGCAGCAGCAGCAGCCCUGGCAAUGGCAGUAGCAGCAGCAGUGGCAGUGGCAGCGACGGGGGCGCUGCGGCGGCGGCAGCGACGGAGCUGCGCGCGGCGCUGGUGGCGGCGGAGGCGGCGGGGGUGCGUGGCGCGGGGGUGGCGCUGGAGGGCUUGUCAGCGUGGGCGGAGCCGGCGGCGGCGGCGGCUGCAGCAGCGGCUGGGGCAGCGGGGUGUGCGGGGCCGCUAAGCAUGGACCUGGCAUUCAAGGCCGCAGCUGCGUAGCUGCGUAGGUUAGGAUGGUGUAGAUUAGGAAGGUGCCAAUUUAUUGCCGGCGUGUUGUGGUGGCAGCAGAGGUGUGGUGAUCUGCAUCACUCCAUUUAUCUUCCGAGGUAGCCGACAAGCAAGUUGGCGGCAUGCUCUGCAGAGGGAAGAGGGGGCACAGGCGGAGGCAGUUGAGCAAAAAGCUCAUUUACUUAAAACCCGAAGAUCUAAAUGAUAUUGCCAUGCCGUGUGGGCAUAUGCAUACAUAAUUGACGCAUGUGAACUUUGACUGUCCGACCGUUGCUGCGGGCCUGCUGGUUGGUACGAUGGAGCUGCGGAGCUGUAGUGAGUCUGGCGCAUUGACCUGCCUCAUGUACUAUGUCAGUAUCAUACAAUACAGCGAUGGUAUGGCAUCAUCUAUGACCUUCCGUCCAUGGGUGUCUCUGAGUGCAUCUGGCGCGCACCUGGUGUUUUGGUUGGGGAGGCCGCCUGUGUGUGCGGCUACGCCGUAUGCAUCGUGCGUGUGCAUGCAUGGAUGUUUGGUGGCAGGGAAAGCGGCAUCACGCACGUUACACCGCACGCCGCACGGAACACGCCCCGCUUGGAAGCAAACGGCAGAUCGGCAAAAUGGAUUGGGCCAGGGCGGGCUGGGCUGAGUGACCUGAAUCACGGGACAUGCCAACUUUGCGCCCAACCCACCAUCGCGCGCUUGUUUCAUGCGUGCCGUACCCGUUUUUGGGGUCUACCAUCUUGUCGAAUCCAUGUUCAUCAUACUUACCUGGCCCGCUUCUCGAGGUGGUCACCAUGGCCUCGGUUGUGUGGUCGGUCUUCAUCUUGCACUUUGUGAGGACCUUCCGCAGUCGGCCCUUCGGGUGUCCGGCAGGGCUCAAUCUUUGUCAGGCUGAGGACCCGCGCCUUGCGCGGCCUCGGCACCCUAGCAAAUAUCUUGUAAGCACGCAAACGC